AUGUCCGCGAAAGAAGCUGACACCAGUCCUCGCCAAGCUCGAGGGGUUCCCGCAGGACCUGUCCUCGCUCCAUUUCUCGGGGGAUGCGGCGGAUGGCGUCGCCCUCGAGGGAAGUUUGGCACGUCUGGCAGCGGACAAUCCGACCCCAGAAGCGCGCAACAGUAUCGCCAGGCUGCGGCGGUGCUCACACCGACGCAGGCGACGGAGGAGAUUGAACUCGCCUGGGCCGCGGACCAUCCCGCAGACGACGAAGAUAGGGACGCGCCAGCACGAGCGAAGGUUAUCGAGCAUGCGGUUAGGGGAUUGCAGGAGGGAGGGUACGACCGGCGCGCGUGGCUGCGGUCUGCUGCGCUGGGACACCCGAGAGGGAGGGCGAGGGACGUUAUCGUGAAAUGGGGAACGGACAACUCGAGUCCCGAGGCGCCGACACCCAACACGUUCAUGUACCGCAUGGCGGCGCACGAGUGCUUCAGUACGAUCCUCAAGAUGCUCCUCUUUGACACGUCGAACCAGCUCUUCCCCCUCGCGCUGUCAAUGCUCGUCACGAUCCUUCCCUUCUCCCUGCCGCUGUUAACAAAGCAUGUCCCGACACUCAUGGUCAUCCUUGGACGAGCCGUGUCAUGGCGCGACAGACCGUUCGUCGAUGCCGGCCUGACGUCGCUGAGUGCAGUGACGCGGACACCGGAGCCGGCUCCCAACCAACACUGGGAGGUGUGCGCUGGUCGAGACAGCGAGAUCCUCGCGCCGAACGCGACGGAGAAGCGUGUCGUUGAGCUCUUUCUCGUGUGCCUGUACGGCGCUUGGCCGUCGAACGUCAUUGCCUUCACACGUAACCCCGAGGGAUACCUGAACAGCAAGGGUGUCGAGGCGCUGUACGCCGUUCCGUGGAACGAGGUGUGGGAGGCGAACAUCCUGUCGACCCGCCUUGUCCCGCUCAUCAGUGACUUCCAGCUGCACCCCUCCAUCAUCACGUUCACUUCUGACGCAGAACUCGACGACGACUCGCGCCGCUGGGACAAGUGGGACCCAUCCGAGUUCGUGUCCAUGGCCCACCUCAUGUCCCACGCUUCGGAACCGGAUCAGAUGUUUGACUUCUUCCGCGUGCCCGUGCCCGACAAGCCGUUGCCGACCGUCGAGAUGAAGAGGGAGCAGUCCCUGCUCCCGGAAGAAGGGGGCGACGACAUUGAGCGCCUGAAGGAGGAGAACGAGCUCCUCCGCCUCGAGGCGCUUUACGCUGAGCGGCUGCGCAAACAAUUCGUCUACCUGACGAGGCCGAGAUCCACACUUUCUCAUCAACGUGCCGAGAGCAGCCAGGCGCAGGCGAAGCACGUCAAGUGGCAGGAGCAGCUGCGUGACAAGGUGUCUUCCUUCCGCGAAGAGAGGCGUCAGUGGCAGACCGAGGGUACGGCGCUGAAGAGCGACAUUGCCGAGCUCAAGAGCACGGUGCAGAAGCAGCGCGACGAGCUUGCCCAGGUCAAGAACGAGGACUCGGACGUGCAGAAACUGCGUGAUGCCAAGGCUGCCGUCGAGACGUUCCAGUCUCGCUGCUUCGAGCUGGAGGGCAUGCUGCGCGCGCGCGACCGCGUGUGCAGGGAACAAGCCGACCAGAUCCGGCACCUCGAGAACCGCGUCGUCAUCGCCAGCUCAACGGCAGGCACGCCGGCCAACGAGCGCGCCGAGAAGGAGAAGCCGGAGCGGCAGCCGCAGACGAUGGACCGCGAGUUCUGCAUGCACGUAGCGGAGAACGCGCGCCGCAAGGCCGAGAAGCUCGAGCGGGAGAACCUCGAGCUGACAGUCGAGCUGGAGCGGUUGAAGCGCAUGGCCCUCCAGAGCGCUGCCGAGACGGGGACGGAGGAAGAGCCCCCCAAGGAGACAAAAGGAGGAGCGAGGCAGCUCCUCGGCGACUUGCUCUCGAGUUAG